UACUCAUCCAUUAGAAAAUUCAUGACCUCUCUGUUUCCAAUGGCUUAUUAUAAUUGAGUCCAAGAACCCUCUUUGAUUUUCAUUUCAGAAAUUGGGUAUGGGCAGGGUGGAUAAAACAGUUGCGCAAAUGGAGAAAAUCAUAGGUCCGAGCAAACCCAUUUUCAUAGGCAUAGCAGGGGUGGCUCUGCUAAUGCUGCUUUGGAGUUUUUCACCUUUCACUAGUUAUCCCAACAUGUUUGACGUGGCUAAGAUGACGGUAUCGCCAGAAAAAGACGGCGCAGCUACGAAUGAUUGCGCCACGGUGAGUUAUCAAGGCCUUAACCUGGACUACGACCCGGCUGACCAAACGUUCUACGACGACCCAACCCUGAGCUAUGAGAUAGGGAACUCAGGUAAUAACUGGGACGACAAGAGAAGAGAGUGGCUGAAGCAUCAUCCGUCAUUUGCAGCCGGGGCAGAGGACCGGAUUCUUGUGUUGACAGGAUCGCAGCCGGGGCCGUGUAAGAAUCCGAUUGGAGAUCAUUUGAACUUGAGACUGUUCAAGAACAAGGUGGAUUACUGUCGGAUCCACGGCUACGAUAUCUUCUACAACAACGCAUUUUUGCACCCGAAAAUGGUUAGCUGGUGGACAAAAAUGCCCAUGCUUCGGGCAGCGAUGUUGGCCCACCCAGAGGUUGAGUGGAUCUUUUGGGUUGACUCGGAUGCAGUAUUUACUGAUAUGGAUUUUAAGCCGCCAUUGGAGAAGUACAAGGACCAUAACCUCAUUGUGCAUGGGUAUUAUAACAAGGUCUAUGAGGACAAGAAUUGGGGCGGGGUUAACGCCGGGGUUUUCCUUAUUCGAAACUGUCAAUGGUCAAUGGAGUUUUUGGAGGUGUGGGCCGGGAUGGGCCCACAGACUCCAAACUACGAAACGUGGGGUCAAAUCCUGACAUCGACGUUGAGUUUCAAGACAGACCCAGAAUCUGAUGAUCAGUCGGCUCUGGUUUAUUUGCUAUUGAAAGAGAAGGAGACGUUGGGGAAGAAGAUUUACAUAGAGAAUCAGUACGACUUAAGUGGGUAUUGGUUUGAGAUCAUCAAGUCAUUUGAUACUAUUAGUGACAACUACGCGAGGAUAGAGAAAGGGGUGACGGAGUUGCAGAGACGACAUGCAGAGAAGGUGAGCGAGCACUAUGCGUCGGUGAUGAGGGAGGCGUUCGGCGAUGGAGGUGGAGGAAAGCGGCCGUUUAUCACACAUUUUACGGCGUGUAGCCCAUGUAGUGGGGUGCACUGGGGGUACACAGAUGAGCAAUGCUGGGGUGGGAUAGAAAAGGCUUUGAAUUUCGCUGAUAAUCAGGUGCUUCGCAACUACGGCUUCGUGCGCCCGGACCUACAGAAUACCUCCUCCCUCUACCCUCUGCCCUUUGCUUUCUCAUCUUACAAGAAGGAGAAAUAGAAAAUUCCUCCCACAUAUCUUGUUGCGCUCAUUCAUGUCAAGCAUGAUCAGGAAAUACUCUUUUGACUUUUUUAUUUGGAAUUCUUUCUCUUUGGUUUCUUGAAUUUCCAGAACCUGCAUGAUUCAUCUUAAGGAGUACGCUAUUUUUACAUGCU